CUUCUUCUUCUUCUUCUUCUUCUUCGUCUACUUUACCAUCUCUACCUUCUUUUUCAAGUAUUUCUCAAUUAUCAUCUGAUAAUUCAUCAUCAUCAUUCUCUACUCUUCCUCCUAUUCAGCAAAUUGACAAAGAUAAAAAUCGAAUAACUUCUACUAUACAAUUACCUAAGCAAAAUGCGGACUUUAUUUCUUGUAAUAUUCCUUAUGAAGGAGGAAAGCCAAUUGAGGGACUAGGGAUGGUUUUUGGCCUAAUUACUGAACCUGAUUAUAAUCUAUUUUGCGAUUCCAAAGUUGUGUACGAUCUUCUUCAAAAGAAGAAUAGUAUUGAGGGUAUAUCACAUGAAAAAUUCACAGAAGCGAGACAGAAAUCAAAUCCUUAUGAAAAAGUUGGUAAUUCGAUUUUUAUGAAUAGAGCUGCUGUAAAAUUGGCAUGUUUAGAUUCCUUAGUUGGCUUUGCAUCGGUUAAAAGAUACGAUCCUGUUAAAGAACUGGUAUUUUGGUUUGCGGACUUAUGUGGUGGACCAGGAGGAUUUACAGAAUAUUUGUUAUGGCGUAAACAUUCUUGGUGGAGAGAAAAAGUUCACGGAUGGGGAAUUACUUUAAAAAGUGGACAGGAUUUUGAAUUUAAUAGAUUUCAUCAUGAAACUAUGCCAACUAAAUGUUUUAAACCCUACUACGGAGCUGAUGGCACAGGUGAUUUGUAUAAAGAAGAAAAUAUUAAAGAUUUUGCAAGAGUUGUAAAAGGAGGAACUAAAGGAGAUGGGGUAGAUUUGGUAACAGCUGAUGGGGGAUUUGAUGUAAGAGGAAGAGAACAAUAUCAAGAAAUUCUUUUAAAACAACUUAUAUUAUGUCAAGUAGUUACGAUGUUUAUGACACUCCGAAAAGAUGGUGAUUUUGUAUUAAAAUUAUUUGAUAUAUUUACACCAUUCACUGGAGGUAUCGUAUGGAUAUUAUAUCGUCAUUUUGAAAAGAUUUGUAUCAUCAAACCAUUAUCAAGUAGACCUGCAAAUUCAGAGAGAUAUAUAAUUUGUCAAAAAUUACGAGAAAGUAAUCCAGAAGCAAUGAUAAGUUAUCUCCUCAAAGUAAACAGAAAAUUUAAUGAAAUAAAAUCUAACGAGUCAACUUUAUCACCAACGACCACAUCAUCGUCAUCACUUAACCGGUUAUUAACGCAAGAUAGAGAAUCAACAAAUUCAUCAAGAUCAACAAAAUUACCAAAGGAGGAUAUAAAUGAAAUUAUUGAUAUUUCCGAAAUAAAAAAAGAUCAAGAAUUCUUGAAUUAUAUUAAACAGAAGAACAUUGAGAUAGCUAAAAACCAGAUUGGAACUAUUAAACAGUUAUUGAAAUUUGUUGAGAAUCCGGAAAUGAGAUUACCUCAGGAAGAAUAUAAAAAACUUUGUUUACAAGAAUGGAGAUUACCACCAAGCGAAGAAGGUUCUUAUAAAUCUGUGUAUUAAUAAAUUAUAUUGUGAAAUUAUUAAAAAUAUGUCGUUAUUUGAUAUCUUUUAAAUUAAAGUUAUUUGGAAAAAAACUUUUAGUUGCUUGAUAAUUUAAAAUAAAUUUGCACAAUAUAUUAAGAUACAAGAAACAGGGUAGAUCAAAAACGAUAUAUAUUAUAAAACGUAUUUUCACAUGUAUAAUAGCAACACAUUAUAAAUUUCAUAAUUUUAAAUUUAUUAUGUUCUUUAAAAAUGUGCAUUCACUGCAUUCACUAAU